AUGCGGUUGUGUAGGGACGUCGGGCGAUUGCUGGAUCUUCGUGGUCCUCGCGUUGGCAAGAGAAGAAAAAUAAUGACGUCGUGGUCGCUGAACUCGGAGCAGCAAACGAUGCUUGGUGGCUUCGUCGUCAGAGGGCUGGUUCAACGUCGUUGUCGGUGGUGCGACCACAGGGUUUUCUUCUCUUCCUCUUCUCCCUCUUCUUUGUCUCUGUCUUUGUCUCUCUCGAUCAAACAAUUCUCAGCGACCUUCGGCGUUCUUCGGCGCGAUUCUCGGCGUUCUUCGGCAGCGGAUGCUGGGAAGCACAAGGACAUCCAGCGCGAGAAUCGUCGUCUGAGAGUUUUAGAGGUGUUUGGUGAAGUUGCAGAAGGAGUUGAGACAUUGACUAAGAUUAAUGAAGCCUAUGUAGAUGAAAAGGGGAGACCCUAUAAAAUCAUCAGGAUCAGGCACACAUAUAUACUGGAUGAUCCUUUUGAUGACCCUCCCCAGCUAGCUGAGUUGAUUCCUGAUGCUUCCUUCGAAGGAAAGCCGAAAGAUGAGGUGGUUGAUGAAGUGCGACUUGAAGAUGAUUGGGUACCUUUGGAUGAGCAACUAGGCCCGGCUCAGCUUGAGGAGGCAAUUCGUGUUAAGGAAGCAUGCUCUAGUGCAGUUGUGCUUGAGAGUAUUGGGGAUAUUCCUGAUGCUGAGAUAAAGCCUCCAGAUAAUGUGCUCUUUGUUUGUAAACUGAAUCCAGUCACCGAAGUG